AUGGCCGAGGAAGGCCACAAGCCAAAUUUGCACACUGCUGCAGCAGGAAAGGCCGGCACGGGGAGCACCAAUCUCGCAAACGUUAUGGACCAUUCGCCUACUGACUCGCCGCACACUCCUCUCGGGAGCGUGCUGUCCACACCUGACACUCCCCCCAUGAGCAACUCCAUGGCGUUUCGCGAAGCCCAGCGCAUCGUGCAACGUCUGGAGGAGCUGACCACAACACCUCUGGUAGACACACGCCAGAUCACACUGGUAGACUUCACCCUCGAUAGCCCUGAGCUCAAGACCAGUAGCACAGAUUGCUGCAAGCUCUUUGAGUCUCCAGAACACGAGGCUCUCAAGAAAAAUGACAACUCGACUGAGGAUUGCCUGGCCUUUGCUGAGGAGCAUUUGGGAGCCAUUUCUUUGUACACGAGCACGCCACUUCAGACGUCCCCUAGUGCCCCUACAUUUGCGACGAGUUUUACCCUCGACACUGCCGACGCAGCGCAUCCAAAAGACACCCCGGCCGGUGAGGGGAACACAGCUGGACCUGCUGCACUUGUCCCUGGAGUGUCGACCAGUGGUGCAGGAGACACGCCUUUCAGCCCAGGCCUUGUGACCGACGGCAAAGAACUCGAACAUUUUGGGGCACGCGAGGAUGCCACAGCUGCAGUAUCACCUGAAGGUGUACUACAAACGUCGCCACCCUCGGACACCCGGAAUGAUGCAGUGCACCCGCAGGUUUCACACCGGGGGGCCGACGGCCGCUGCCACCACGUCGGUAAUGCUUGCCCAGACGACGGCAUUCUAGACAGCACUUCACCACUGCCGGCUCUUGGGGACUCGUUUAUCAUCACCAGAGGCUGCCCCCGCACUGCCGCCAGAGUGGCCUCGCAUGGUUUGCCCAUUGCCGAGACUAGCUUUACCAUCCCAGCUGUUCCUUCUGUGAAAAGGGCAACAAAGCAGCCUGACUCGCCACACACUCCUCUCGGGAACACGCUGGCCACGCCCGAGACUCCGCCCAUGAGCAACUCCACGGCGCUUCGCGAAGCCCAGCGCAUCGUGCAGCGUCUGGAGCAGCUGGCCACAACACCUCUAGUCGACACGCGCCAGAUCACACUGGUAGACUUCACCCUCGAUAGCCCUGAGCUCAAGGCGAGCAGCACGCCUUGCUGCAAGCUAUUUGAGACUCCAGAAAGCGAGGCCCUCAAGAAAAAUUACAGCUCGACAGAGGAUUUGCUGACCUUUGCUCAGGAGCACUUGGGAGCCAUUUCUUUGUGCACGAGCACACCACUUCAGAUGUCCCCGAGUGCCCCUAAAUUUGGGGUGAGUUUUACGCUCGACGGAACACACGCAAUGUACCAAGAAGACACUCCGGCCGACGAGGGGAAAGUAUGUGGACCUGCUGCACUUAUCCCUAGAGUGUUGGCCAGUGGUGCAGGAGACAGACCUUCCUGCCCAGGCCUCGUGGCCCACGGCGAAGAACUUGAACAUUUUGGGGCUCGGGAGGAUGCCACAGUUCCAGUAACAGCUGAUGGGGAACCACAAACAUCGCCACCCUCAGCCACACGGAAUGACGCAGUGCACCUGCAGGUUUCAUACCGGGGGGCCGACGGCCGCUGCCACCACGUCGGUAAUGCUCGCCCAGACGACAGCAUUCCAGACAGUGAGCGGCUGUUUUUAUUUGUUGCCCGUUCCUUUGUCGUGAAGGCUUUUGUUGGAGGUGCCCUGAAUGUUUGCCCUCUGGCCACAGAAUAUGGGCAUUACAUACAGGGAGCGCAACAUCUUUAGAAUAUGUUACUUUAACUGCUCCCAAAAAUAGUUAAUUAUAAGCAUGGAAAUACAGCAGGACUAUUAAAGAAUGCAGUGGCUCUUGUAGUGUAAAGUUACUAGU